CUGGUUAUCAGCCGUCAUAAGCACGAUUCAUGAACACUUGAACGGGCACUAGAUCUCUAGUCUUCAUGAAUCAUGACACGAUUAAAGACGUUAUAGAUAAUAGAUAUUAUAAUAAGAGGACGUCGCAGUCAUGACUAAAUAAAUUUUUAGUUUAUUUAGUUUAUUUAGUCAUGGUCGCAGUGUCGCAUCCACAUGUGUUGUCCUUCCCCGUCUUACACACGCACGUCAUAACAAAUUUUCGCUCGCCGAGUUAUGAGUAUUUUCAAAUAUUAAUGUUUUACCUCGGCUUUAGAUACUAUCUUAAACCGUGAUGAUAACUCACUUUAAAAUUAAAAUAUCGUAAAAAAACAGCGAAAGAACACAAUCCCACAGAUAAUGUUGUUACCUAAAAGUUUGAUAAUACUAUUCACACUAAUAUCAAAAAUGACAAAACCCUAUUGAAACUAGCAAACAAAAAUUUGCCAUGUCGUACGUGUGUAAGACAUUAGACAACGCAUGCGGGUGCGACGUCCUCUUAAUCGUGGUCAUAUGUCAGAAUGGUGAUUAGUGAAUAAUAGUGAUAUUAUAAUACAACAUUAUAAUUUAUAGCUGUGAAAUGUGAAUCGUCUAGUCCAUUACGGCAUUACUUCAUAACGAAUUACGAAUAUUACGGUAGUUAAAAUAUUCAAAUAGUAAAGAAAAUUAAUAUUUAAUUCACAAUAUGCUCGGACAAUUAAUAUCAAUCAGCAAUAAAUAAAUAAUAAAUAUGUAAUAUAACUGUUUUAUCGUUUAUUUGUGUAAGCAAUAACAAAAACAAUGGCAAAACGUUACUUUAAAAAUAUAUAUUCUGACAGUGAUGAAAGUGAUUUAAGUACAUAUCACGAAUUUUGGAAAGAUAAAAUAAAUAGCUUAAUGCAACGAAUAGAUCGAAAUGCUUCAUUCUCGUCAAAAAACACCUUGUAUACUGGAUCGACUGGUAUUGCAUUCAUGUUCUACCACUUGGCAAUAUCAAACAAAUUUAAAAACGAUCCCUCAACAUAUUUAAAUAAAGCAAUCAAAGUUCUCAAACUUAAAGAAGACAGUUUUAAUCGAAAAAAAUCAAAUCAAUUUAUUUGCGGUAAUGCUGGUGUAAACGCUGUAAGUGCUGCAAUAUAUCACCAAAUUGGUGAUGAGAAAACUGCAGAAAUGUAUUUAGAAUAUUUUGAGAAUGGGGUGACUAUUUGCAAGCCGAUAGAUUCUUUGAAACCGGGAGAAGAUGAACUAUUUGUUGGUCGUGCAGGUUAUCUCUAUGGAGUUCUAUGGUUAGAAAAGGUUUUUGGAAGAAAAAUAAUACCUGACCAAGAUGUUAUUGACAUAUGCUUAACAAUAGUAGAAUCUGGUCGUCAAUAUUCAAAAACAAAUAAAAGCUUGUUUCCCCUUAUGUACAGUUAUCACAGCAAAGAAUAUUUAGGAGCAGCUCAUGGUCUAUGUACAAUUCUCCAAGUAUUAAUUUCAUUUCCUUGUUUUAUUAAAAAUGAACAAAAAGUUAUGCAAGAUAUCAAAAAAUGUAUAGAUAUAUUGAUAUCUUUACAAACAUCCACUGGUAAUUUUCCUACUAAAAUACAGGAAUUAGGAUCAAAACAAAGACCUGAGGAAGAUGAAUUGGUUCAUUGGUGUCAUGGAGCUCCAGGUGUUAUAUACUUAUUAGCUAAAGCAUAUUUGGUUUUUAAAGAACCUUCUUAUUUGGAAUGUUGUUUAAAAUGUGGAGACUUGGUAUGGACAAAAGGACUAUUAAAAAAAGGCCCUGGAUUAUGUCAUGGAAUAGCUGGGAACGGAUAUGUUUUCUUACUAUUAUAUAGAUUGACUGGCGAUAAAAAACAUUUAAACCGAGCUGUACAAUUUGGUAAAUUUAUAUUCACUGAUGAAUGUAUUCAAGGAUCUAGAAGACCAGACAAUUUGUACAGUUUAUAUGAAGGAUUAGCUGGCACAGUGUGUUAUUUGAGUGAUUUAACCCAACCAGAGAAAGCUAGUUUCCCAUUUUUAGAUGUACUUUAAUUAAAUCUUUUGUUGAAUCCAGAAUCAAUUAUCAAGUGAAUUUACAUUGUAAAUAGUGAUAUUGCAGGUUUUAAAUGUUUGAAAAUGGAUGUAAAAUUUUAACAUGUUUUUAUGACAUAACUUUAAUUGUGUAUGUCGUAUGAUACAUUGUAGAUAAACCAUACACAUGUUAAUAUAUAAUCAUCAAUAAUUAAUUAGUGAUUUUAGUUAAUUGUGAUUUAUGACUUAUGAAUGAAAUCAAUGUAGAUAAAAUUGUGUAUAAUAGUAUAAUAUAGGUCAUAAAUUGUAACUACAUUGAGAAUGAAAUUAUCUCUACAAGAUUCAUCUUUAUCAUAUAAAUAUAUUAUAUUCUAUAAUAAUUGUAAUUUAAGUUUAAGCGUUUAAGGUUUUAGCUAUACCUUUUUUUAUAGUUUUUUAUUCAGUAUAAUACUUUUAUUUUAAAAUAUAAUUUUAUUUA